AGUUGCUACAUGCAGUGACGUUGUAACUGAAACUUUAAUCUAUAUAAAAUAAAUACUUAUUAGAAAACCACGUCAGUACUUGAACAACUCCUAGCUAGUUCAGAACAGGCUUCAGAAUGCAUUCCAUUGGAAUUCAUCAAGUGAUCAUUUUACUGAUUUCUCUCUUCUAUUGGAUGGGCAUUUGGCAUAGAAAUGAUAUACCCACAACCAGACAGAUCAAAAUUAAACUCUUCUAUUGGAUCUAUUAUUCGCUUCUUAUUUGUUCAUUGACGGUUGGAGCAAUUAAGAGUAAAAGCAUGGAUGAGGCUAUAUUCAUAGCGCAAAUAUCCAUCAUGACAUCAAUUUUGGCGGUUAAAUUUUGGAUUUUGAUUUGGAAACAAAAGCAGAUAUUGGAAUUGAUCAAUCGAGUUUGCGCCAUUUCGUAUCGAAAUGAUGAAGAUCUAUCCUUUUUCAAUAACAAGAUGGAAAAAUUUAUCAAAUUCGUGGUUACAUUCUUAAGCAGUGCUUUCAUUAUGUGUUCUUGUGCAAUUAUAAUCGUACCGUUCGUUGGAAGUGAGAAAAAAUUAUUUGUCAGCAUUGCGUUUCCGUUGGAUUACAGAAACGAUGCGAUUGCCUUUUGGAUUGCACACAUUUUUAUAGCCACGCAAUCAUACCUAUCAGUUCUAAUUGUCUCAACUUCUGUCCUCAUUUGGUACCUAAUGUUUCAUUGUUCAUUAAGAUAUGAGAUUCUAGGAAGAGAGAUACGGAACAUGGGAAGCGAUGUCGUUAACGGAAAGAUGCCGCAGAAGGAGAAGGAUAAAAAAUUUUCCCAAGACCUGACAGCAUCGAUUGAAGCUCACGUUCACCUAAAAGAGUUGAUAGAAGCAGUGGCAUCAUUUACAUCGACCCUAUUUUUAAUUCAAUUUGCGACUAGUGCAGUGUGCAUCUGUGGAUCAGUUUACUGCCUAGCCUUUGUAUCAAUCGAUUCAGUGAACACAAACCGACAUUUCUUAACACACUCGAUUAAAUUCCAGGAUAUCGGAGGGAACUUUGUGGAGCGGCUUAUUCAUCUUUACACGCUAAUCUAUCAUAUCGCCGAAUUGUUUAUGAUAACGAACUUCGGCAACGAGAUUAUGCUUUCCAGCAGUCGACUCGCCUAUUGUCUGUUUGAAUCUGAUUGGAUAGGGCGGCCACAGUCAACCAUCAAGAGCAUAAUUGUAUUUACUGAAUAUUUGAAGCAAGCUCAUGUGCUGCUGAUCGCCAGAGUGUAUCCACUAACGUUGGAAACAUUUAUCAGGGUGGCCAAUUGUUUGAUAAGAAUGGUUUGUAAGGUUUUUUUACGAAGCGUUUUCGUUACAGAUUUUAAAGUCAGCCUACAGUUUUUUCAACAUUUUGAAAAACGCGCAGAAGUAAACUUCGAGGGGACAUAGUUCUGUGACU